GAUAAGCCUGAAGUUCAAAGGGGACUGAUCACCUGAAUUUGCAUUCCCAGCAACUGGGCAAUUUCUGAAACUGAGUUUCCAAACUUAGCAGUUCUUUUUCCACUCCUUUGUGAUUUUGCAAAGUCCCUCCCUGUACCAACUUCCUUCCUGCUGUUCUUAAUUCCUGUAGUACUUUUUUUGUUUGUUUGUUUUUCAUACACUCCAGGGAACGGAAACCAGUACAACCUCUUCUCUAGGUGGGAAGUGGCUGGUUUGGUCUUCAGCGGGGUCAGAAGAUCUAGUUUGAUUCAAACCAGGUGUCUGGGCUGGGUUAAUUCCAGCCUGGGUCAAGUACUCGAUCACCAGAUGUUUUUUCGGUUUUUGUACUAUCUUGUGGUUGUGUGGCUGGUUUCUGCCUCAGAUGCGAAGAACUGUUCAGAGCCUCCCUCAGUGGACAAUAGCAUUUUUGUUAUGCACGAGGUGGAAGGACAGGCUCUGGGAACUUACUUUUGUCUCCAGGGCUAUCAUCUGGUAGGAAAGAAAACCCUUUCUUGUAAUGCCUUUCAGGAUUGGGACACUCCCACUCCCACAUGCCACUUGGGCCACUGUCCUGACCCUGUGCUGUUUAAUGGUGAAUUCAACUCCUCGGGGCCUGUGAAUGUGAACGACAAAGUCACAUUUCAAUGCGUUGACCACUACAUCCUCAAGGGCAGCAGUUGGAGCCAGUGUCAAGAGAACCAUACCUGGGUGCCUCCCUUUCCCAUCUGCCAAAGUGAAGACUGUGGCCCUCCUGAGAAUCCAACUCACGGCUAUUUUGAAGGACAUGAUUUCAACUCAGGAUCUAAUAUUACCUUCUACUGUGAAAAGAAGUACCACUUGGUGGGCACCCAGCACCAGCAGUGCGUCAACGGGGAGUGGAGCAGUGCCCUUCCAGUCUGCGAGCCAGCCCCUAAGACUGAGUUUGAGAAGGCCCUUCUUGCCUUCCAGGAAAAUAAGAAUCUUUGUCAAGCCACAGAGAGCUUUAUGCAAAGAUUAAAGGAAAGUGGCCUCAUACUGGAGGAACUGAAAUACUCUCUGGAAAUGAAAAAAGCUGAGCUGGUAGCAAAAACGUUGCUUUAACAUCGUAGCUGAACAGACGGGGUCAUAGAAAUAUACCUGUGAAUAAAGUUUCUUCUUGAUUCUGAAAUUGGUGUCAGAUUUCUCUCUCAUCGUGUUGAAACAGAAACUCACAUUAACCGAACGCAGUUGUAUAAUGCUCUCUGUGUGUGUUGAUGUUGUUGUUGCACUCAGAAUGGAGA